ACCCAUCCUCCUCUUCCACCCCCCGCAAGUCGAUCAAGAUGGCCGAGGCUUCCAGCAAGAGCAUCAACCCCAUGAAGGAGCUGCGCGUUGACAAGCUCGUCAUCAACAUCUCCGUCGGCGAGUCUGGUGACAGACUCACGCGUGCCACCAAGGUGCUCGAGCAGCUCACGGGCCAGUCGCCCGUGACGUCGAAGGCCCGCUACACGCUCCGCGGCUUCGGCAUCCGCCGUAACGAGAAGAUCGCCUGCCACGUCACGAUCCGCGGCCCCAAGGCCGAGGAGAUCAUUGAGCGUGCGCUCAAGGUCAAGGAGUACGAGCUCCGCAGACGGAACUUCUCCGACACCGGCAACUUCGGUUUCGGUAUCACUGAGCACAUCGACCUGGGCAUCAAGUACGACCCGUCGAUCGGCAUCUUCGGCGCCGACUUCUUCGUGUGCAUGACCCGCCCGGGUGCCCGCGUCGCUCGCCGCAAGGACCGCCACUCGCGCGUCGGUGCCCCGCACCGCGUGCGCAAGGAGGAGACGGCUGCCUGGUUCCGCCAGCGCUUCGACGGCAUCAUUGCCAAGUAAACGCUUCCGUCACCUGCCUUCCGUUCCUCUCACGCAUCCCAUCUCACCCCCCGCCACGCAUCUCAUCGCCUUCGCGCUUCUCGCCCACACCCACACAUACGCACGCUAUGUCCACACCCACACUUCGCCUUCGUGAGCCGCUGAGUUCUCGUCGGCACCCACUCGG